AGACGUCUCUAGGGUCGUGUCCGAUCAAGGGUUGAUACCCCUUCCUUGCCCCAGGUGAAAACCUGAUUCGAUGUUGACGCGGUAGAGACUCACAUCAGCCUCUGAAGCGGCUAGCUACCAAGACUGGGUGAACCCAUUAUUUCAACUUUGUUUUCUUUGUCUUUCACUGUGCUUUUGCAUUGUGAGAUUUGGAUUGCUUUUGCCAUAUUCUUUUGUCAUUCACCUCAGAGAUUUUACUAUUCUUUAUGACCUCUAGGAAAAGGAAAAAAAGUCAGUGCAAAUAUAUUUAUUCUUACGGGAAGAAAUGUCAUUAUAUCAUAGUAGUAAUUUGCCUUAUACACAUGAAAUAAGGGAAAAUUUAACCAAGUGGAUUAAUUGUUUCUUAUUGUCCUUCAGUUUACUAGGUGGUGAAGAAGUCACAUAGAUCAUUCCAUGAGUUAAUGCUUUCAUUUGAAGGGUCUUACACCACGUCAUGGCAGCUCCGAUAAGGGUUAUCGCGAAGAGCUUACACUUACGGCCCCAUGGGUAUGAUAGUAGUCCAACCUGUUAUCGACGUGCUACACAUGUUCGUCAGGGUCUCCAAUUCCGUCAUAGUCGCCCAGGUUUAGAGGUUUCUCUAGAGAUCUGGGACUUUUGCUAUCAAGGAUGUGAGAAAACACCAGGUUCCUCUUUCGUUUUGUAGUUGGAGCAUCCACGUCGUAUUUUUCUCUCCCUUGGGAAUGGUGCUUCAGUGAUCGACGGUGGCUACGGGCUUUAUGUGUCCCCUACUUCGGUGGCUCAUUCCCCUUCCCUUGGAUUCGAGAGGAAGAGUCUUGUGAUCCCUAUUUUGAUGGAAGCUUGGAGAUCAUGGAGUAACUUCAUGUGGUGUGGCCGCUCUGAUGGAUAUUCGAUCUGGUAUCGCGGCGGGAUUGUCGUGUGAGGUCGCUCCACGUAUGUUACUAUCUCUUAAAGGGGCAUAUUAUAAGUUUUCUUCAAUUCUUAUAAUCAAUGUCUGCUAGGAAUUGAGAAUCAGUGCAUGCCUAGAUUGGCUUGUAGUAGUUGCAGGCUAGGAAGCAUCUCUUGUACUGGUACUAGAGGUUGUAAGGGAGGUAGGUUCGAAGGUUCACUUUCAUAAGGCAGAGGUAAAGGUUAAGAAGUUAGAAAAGUUUGGAAUGCUCCUUGAUUGGCUCUUGGAGGAGCCAAAUCCCGCAGUGUUGGAACGAAGAGUGAGGUCACUAAAAUAGGAUUGUCUAUCUCCGACAAAAGAGGAUGAGCCCUAUUAGCUUUAACAGAUGCAACUUUGACAGAUCGAGUGAUUUUUGAAUUCACCAUAUCUUCAGGAGUUCGAUACCAAAUUGUACAGGAAGAGAUCAAUGUUUGAGAGGAGAAUGUCGAAGAACUGGAUCUGGAUCUACGGUAGAGAAAACGGUGGUUCUUUGUGGAACUCAUAGGAAUCAAAAGUUGAUUCUCACACAUGGCACCACUAUUUGAUUCAUAUUUAGAAAUGAUCGGUAAAAUGGUAAAGUAAUGUCUUGCUACGAUGGAUUUGUAUUUCCGAUGCGGCAGAGACGGACUGAUAUGGAAGGUUAUCAUUUCAACGCCUUGACAGUGAGAGAAUAAGGAGUAAUGUGAGUGACAAAGGAUUUGAAUACCUAAAUGACAUGAUUUCCUCCUUAUAUAACGUAAGCGUUAAAAAUCGUCCGUGUGAGAUGAGACGUGUUGCGCGAAUAACUGUUGGAUCUAAUUCGACUGUAUUUGAAGCAUCGAAAGAGCAGACUCGUCUACUCUUGAUAGAGUGAGAUCACCUACUCUUUGCGAGCGGCUCAGAACAUUUCCUAUUAUAAAUUAUUUAUUUAUUUUAAAUAUUAUUUUCUUCUAUUAUUAUUUUAGAAAUUAUAUUAAAAAAUGUAAAUAUUUUUUAUUUUAAUUAUUUUAUUAUUAUUUUUCGAAUAUUAUAAUAUUAUAUAUAUAAUCAAUAAACAAACUUCAUGCGAACUUAAUAGUGCCAUGCAAAGUUGUAGAUCCACAUGUCAACUUUACGACAUAUUCCAAACAAACAUAACUGUUAAUAUCCAACAAACAACGAAGGAAGGCCGCAGGAGUGAAGAAUUUCCUUCAUCGAUCAAACUACAGAAUCAAAGUAAAAAACAAAGCCAAAAACACAAAAUUAUAUAUCCUUCAUUACACCUUUUGUGGUCAUUGGCCUUUGAUUUAUGGAUGACAUACAGACAGAUGAUAAUGCCAAACCCAGCUUUACACAGAUCUUGGUACUCUCAUCUAUUGGGUUGAUAUUUCUCAUAGCAUUGCAUUAUCACCUCAAAAAGAUUCGAGAUCAAAAGAUCAUUCCGCGUUUAAGAUUUUCGCGUGCAGGUCACCCCCCAAAGCUUGAAAGAUUCUCUCAUUACGUAGCUAGGCAAAUGGGGUUCAAGGAUAGGCGAAUCGGUCCUGAUAUAUGUAGAUUGGCUUCUGAAUAUAUAAGCAAAUAUGAGGGGUUUGAAGAUGAUAUAUAUGCCUAUUUUGAGAAUGAACCAGAUGCUGAUUCACUUUAUGUCAAGUUGGUGGAAGAGUUUGAGAGAUGCAUUCUUAGUUACUUUGGAUUUCAUUGGAACCAUUGUGACAUAUUGAUAAGUCAGGUGUUGAGCUCGGACGUUGCCGAGCCAAAAAAAAAGUUAAAGAACAUAGUUAUGGCCGCUACUAGGGAUCAAAGGUUCGAGAGAGUUGCCAAGACUCUGAAGGUGGCUAGUGUUUUUAAUACAUUAGUGGAAGAGAUGAAAGCGAUGGGUAUUGCAGUAAACGAUGACUCUCAAUGUACAGAGGUAAUGGCUCCGGUGGCUCACAGUGAUAGGAGCCCGGUCCUCCUUCUAAUGGGGGGAGGUAUGGGAGCUGGCAAGAGCACUGUACUCAAGGAUAUUCUCAAAGAACCUUUCUGGGCAGGAGCAUCAGGAAAUGCCGUAGUCAUUGAAGCUGAUGCCUUCAAAGAAUCAGAUGUCAUUUACAAGGCACUUCGCUCAACAGGCCAUCAUGACAUGAUUCGAACAGCAGAACUGGUACACCAAUCAUCCACAGAUGCAGCAUCAUCCCUCUUGGUAACAGCACUAAAUGAGGGUCGUGACGUAAUUAUGGACGGCACACUCUCCUGGGUUCCGUUUGUUGUGCAGACAAUAACAAUGGCUAGAAAUGUCCAUCGCCGCCGCUAUCGCAUGGGAGUUGGCUACAGGGUCAACAAAGACAGAACCGUAACCGAAAACUAUUGGGAACGAAUCGAAGAUGAAGAACCUGAACAAGUUGGAGGAAAAAAGAGAAAACCAUAUAGGAUUGAGCUUGUUGGAGUAGUGUGUGAUGCUUACCUUGCUGUUGUUAGAGGCAUAAGGAGAGCUAUCAUGUCUAGAAGAGCAGUGAGAGUAAAAUCGCAAUUGAAAUCCCACAAGAGAUUUGCUGAUGCAUUUAUGACAUACUGUCAAUUAGUAGACAAUGCCCGUCUAUACUGCACAAAUGCAUUGGAAGGCCCGGCCAAGUUGAUAGGAUGGAAAGAUAGAGACAGAACCUUGCUAGUUGAUCCAGAUGAAAUUGACUGUUUGAAGAGGGUUGCGAAGUUAAAUGAAGAUGCCAACUCCAUAUAUGAACUCUACAAACAACCCAACCCAGCUUGUGAAGCUGGAUCCGUAUGGAAAGACAUUGUAUUAUCUCCUUCAAGGUUGAACAUCCAACAAGAGCUCAAAUUUUCAAUCCAAGAAAUUGAGCGCUUGAAAUGAGAACUUCAAGGAGCACAUAAAAAUUCCCGUGAGCGCAUCUUCUCAGACAAGGAUAAUCAGAUGAAAACCAUCAAGAGUACACAAGUAAAGCAUGUUGAAAUUUGUGACAUAAGAUUUUAUGUAUGUUUUAUCAAUGUUAGCUAGUUACCUGUAUAAACAAAGUGUAGCCAGAAUUUUGUAGCAAACUGCUCAUAUGCAGUCAAUAUUUGUAGAGUGCAUACCGCAUAACGGUCAAACUGAUCAAUCAAACAACCUACUUGGAGAAAUUCUUUAAUAAGGGAGGGCUCGCAUAACAAAAGUGGCAUGCAUCUACAGUAGAUAUGUCUCGUUAUUAGAGUAUAUCAGAUUAGAAUCAGUAAAACCGUUAAUUAGUUAGUUACUAUUAGAAUUUCUGAAACUGUAAUUUGCAAUUAUUCAUAGAUGCAGAAAGUAUAGAGAUGUAUGAACAGAAUACUGAAUUAAGCUUCUCAAUUUUUAUUGAAUGAAUUCUAUUACAAUUACAAAUAGAGGAUAAUCAUAUUUAUAGGAUACCUAAAGGAUAGGGAGAGACUGGCUUUAGCCAGUCUACUGAUUGACAUGUGCCAGUCAGUUACUUAUAUCACAGCUUAGUUAGAGAUAUUACAACAGAUUCAGUUACAUAGCUUAACAUAA